AUGCCAUCAAUGCUACUGCGCAAGUUGCGAGGGCUCAGCUACAGAGCCCCAUCACCACCUACGAGCACCAAUCUCGCCAAACGACAACCAGCACCAUCCACAGCAGCCGUAAUCAAGCUACCCCAUCCGGCUAUAGUUGCCGCCACCACAGCAGCGCCCAUACAACGGCGUAACACGGGUGCGCAACACCAGCAACCACCAGAGAGCGGUGCAUCAACCGGGGAGCACCCGAACACACCAGCACCCCGCCUAGCAACCCCGACAACAAUCGGCACCAACAACAACCACGGCUGCUACAGCAGCAGCCACAACUACAACACCAACAACCGGGGUAAGCACCCGGGUAACCAGCGCGCCAGAACUCCAGCGACCGGGGUAAGCACAAGAGCGGUAACACCAGCGAACCGCCCAAGGAGCGGCGGCACUAACCGCAAAAGCGGUAACCAGCACCGACAACACCAACAACCGGGGUAA